AUGGCAGAAGGAAAUUAUUCCACUCUGACAGAGUUCGUCCUCACUGGCUUAACAGAGAAGCCAGGGCUCCAGCUGCCCCUGUUUUUCCUCUUCCUAGGAAUCUAUGCUGUCACUAUCCUAGGAAACCUGGGCAUGGUCAUGCUAAUCCUGUUCAGUCCUCACCUCCACACCCCCAUGUACUUCUUCCUCAGCAAUCUGUCUUUUGUUGACCUCUGUCAGUCCAGUGUCAUCAUUCCCAAAAUGCUGGAGAACUUUGUGGUAGAGAAGAGUGUCAUCUCUUACGCAGGAUGCAUGGCUCAGUUUUACUUCUUUGAUGUUUUUGCUGUUUCAGAGUGUCACAUGCUGGCUGCCAUGGCGUAUGACCGCUAUGUUGCCAUCUGUAACCCCUUGCUGUAUAAUGCUAUGAUGUCCUAUAAAGUGUGCUCCUGGAUGGUGGUGGGAGUGUACAGUAUAGGUUUGAUUUGUGCCACAGGUGAAACAGUCUGUCUGCUUAGAUUGCUUUUCUGCAAAGCUUAUGAUAUAAACCACUACUUCUGUGACCUUUUCCCACUAUUGGAACAAUCCUGCUCCAGUACAUUUAUCAAUGAAACACUAGGACUGUCCUUCAGUUCUUUUAAUAUCAUUGUCCCAGGUUUGACCAUCCUCAGCUCCUAUGUCUUCAUCAUUGCCAGCAUCCUCCGCAUUCCUUCUACCGAGGGCAGGUCCAAAGCCUUCAGCACUUGCAGUUCCCACAUUUUGGCCAUUGCUGUCUUCUUUGGAUCUUUAGUUUUCAUGUACCUGCAGCCAUCAUCAGUCAGUUCCAUGGACCAAGGGAAAGUGUCAUCUGUGUUUUAUACUAUUAUUGUUCCCAUGCUCAACCCCCUGAUCUACAGUCUGAGGAACAAGGAUGUCAAAGUUGCCCUCUAUAAGUUUGUAGAAAGAAGACAAUUCCCAUGA